GGCUGAUACACCUUGGCUUAGAGGAGUACUUUCUAUAAAACACGAAUUACAGAUGCUGAAUAGAUUAUUAUUGCCGUCAGCUUUAUCUUACCCAUUCUUACUGCCUGCUCGACAGCAAGCGUGCUAACCCCGCUCUUCCGCUAACUCCGAAGUAAAUCAUUACGAGCUGGCUCUCGAAUUCUUAUUCACAACCCAUUUUUUCUUCAUCAUUACUCCCAAUACAUUCACUUAUUACACUACACCCACCCUCUCUAGCCACAAUGAACCGCGAUUCCAGCGACUCAACGCGCUCGACGGCGUCUCCGCCCGUUCCGGAGAAGAACAACCGCUUCAAAACCUCUCUAUUCGCCAAAGACGGCAGCUCCCCGCUCCCGCAAACCGUCGCUCAUCGCGGGUACAAGAAGCUGUACCCUGAGAAUUCCCUGGCUGCGUUCCAGGGCGCUAUCGAUGUCGGAAGCCACGGCAUCGAGACAGAUCUGCAGCUGUCGCGGGACGGCGUUGUGGUUAUCUCGCAUGACCCAUCACUCAAGCGGUGUUUUGGCGUGGACAAGUUGAUUAUCGACUGCGACUGGGAGUAUCUCAGUACACUGCGCACAACCAAGCAGCCGCACGAAAAGCUUCCCCGUCUGAGUGAUUUGCUUGAUUUUCUUAAUUCACCGUGUGCAGAGCAUGCGUGGGUUCUGCUCGAUAUCAAGCGGAAUAACGAUGCGAAAACAAUGAUCCACAAAAUCGCAGAGACCCUAGCCUCCGUCCCGCCUGGUUCGUCGCGGCCGUGGUCUGAUCGGAUUAUCCUGGGCUGUUGGGCGGUCAGGGCUCUCUCCUUACAAACAGUAACAGCUCGAUAAAGCUAAUAAUAAGCUAGCCUACAUACUUCCCUCUCUGCG